UCAACUUUAUACGGAAAGAGGGGACAGGAAAUUUAAUAGGAUGCUUAGAUAAAACUACCUUCAAAUGCUGCCUACAAAGUUUGUGAUCCAACCUUCUGAAUCGCUAAAAUGUUCUCUAUGCAAAGAACUGUUCACUGAUCCCGUGAUAUCCACCCAAUGUGGACACACAUUCUGUCGACAUUGUAUUCACUCAGCUGGUUCUAAUUCAACUCUCUCCAUUAUAACCAAGUGCCCCUUUGAUGGAGUGAGUCUUAAAAGCUCUGGUCUAGUUUCUAAUCUUGCUGUCAAAGCUCAGAUCGAAGAUCUACUGAUAUUUUGCCGUCAUGGACUAACAAGAACUGAUUCAGAAGAGAGCUUUGAAAUUGACGAUGAUGGGUGUCCAGAGAAAAUUACURUUGGUCGAAGGCAAGAUCACGAAGAAUCGUGUGUUUAUGGGAUUAUACCUUGUCCAAAUAGUUCGAAUCAGUGUGGUAAAUUUAGAAGAAGAGAACUUGGUGAUCAUUUAAAGGUUUGCUCGCAUUAUCGAUGUUAUUUCAAUUCAAAAGGAUGUGAAACUAUAGGUACAAAAACAGAAAUUGAUGAACAUAGUAAAACUUGUACCCAUAGAAAUGGUGAUUCCAAAUCAAAAUAUAGUUCACAAAAUGAGGGGGAGCUGAGAUCUACAAUCAAAGUUCUAUCAGAAAGAGUAUCAUGGCUGGAAAAAAACCAAGAUGCUCUCGUCACACAGGUUGAACAUUGUAAUAGUGCCAUAUCAAGACUUACAGAUACUAUGGAAGAGCUAUCAUACCAGGUAGAGAUUCUUGGCUCCAUGUUAAAACGGUCUUCAUUCUAUCGUGAACUGUCAGUCACUUCAAUACCCGAUACAGUAAACAGUACAAGCCCUGAUGAAAGCCUUCCUCAUUCUCCACGUAGAGCUAAUCCAGGAAGGAUUAGAUCAACAGUUGUACCAGUACAACAGGAAACAUGGCUAAUGCCAUGUAUAUUUAAAUGUAUAGGUACCUUGAGAGGCCAUAGGAGUGUGAUUUGGAGCAUGGUUUCCAAAGGGCAUCGUUUGUUCAGUGCAGGCGGUGAYCGAGUCAUCAAGGUCUGGAAUAUGGAAAAUGUUAGACUUGCUCGCUGUACAGCAAGUAUGGAAGGACAUACAAAUGAUAUUCAUGCAAUAUGUGCUGGUGGUGGCAAGCUUUACAGUGCUGGAUCCGAUCAGAUAUUAAUCUCCUGGGAUUUGGAUACUUUGAGCCAACACUUCAAAGUUGAGAAAGCACACGAUGACAUUAUCUGUGCUGUUGUAUACAGCGGUAGAUAUGUUUUUACUUCGUCUCAUUCAUGCAUUAAGGUUUGGGAACCAUCAAAUUUAGACCUUGUACAUACGAUAAACGGGUUGAACCACUGGGUCAGAGCUCUMACUYUGGAYGAUAAAAGGGAGAAAGUGAUYAGUGGGUCCCAUAACGUCGUUCAUUUCUGGGAUGCAACAGGAAAGUUUGACUUACGAUCCAAAAUAGACCACACAUUUGGCUCUGUGUAUUCACUAGCAGUCACCAAACAGUAUCUYAUUGUUGGAACCUAUAACCAAAAUAUCCAUGUUUAUGAUCUYACAACUCAUCAGCAUAUCAAGGCUCUCACGGGACAUUUUGGGACAGUCACCGGCCUUGUGGUAUCUUUCUCGGGUCGUCUUUUAUUUUCAGCAUCGUACGAUACAACAGUCCAGGUGUGGAAUUUAGAGAGCAUGCUACCAAUGCAAACAUUAUCGCGACAUGAAGCAAGUGUAAAUUGUGUUGUUAUACAUAAAGACCUUUUACUUUCUGGUUCACAAGACACAGAGAUUAAGGUAUUUAAAUAUUUCAAGAUGGAAUAAUACAUGGCGAUGUUACAACUUAAAUUGUGAAGCUAUUGUGGUCUCGUCGUCAAGYACGGCAGAUUUCUAAAUUGAACUAGUAAGAAUUAUGAGGUA